AUGGUAAAAUUUUGCGAUAGUAAUGAUGUAUUAUAUUCUUUAUCAGGUAAAGGAUGGUCUAUGUGGGAUCAUCUAGUUCGUACUGAUCCCCAAUUUAUAGCCGACAAUACUAAUGGAGAUGUAGCUGCCAAUUCGUAUUAUUUUUAUAAAAAAGAUGUUCAAAUACUUAAAGAUUUGGGAGUUGAUAUAUACAGAUUUUCUAUAUCAUGGCCGAGAAUUUUACCGUAUGGUCGAGCGGAUUAUAUAAAUCCGCAUGGCAUUGCAUAUUACAAUGCAUUGAUAGAUGAGUUAUUAGCUAAUGGAAUAACACCGUUCGUAACUAUGUAUCAUUGGGAUCUGCCACAAAAUUUGAACGAGCAAGGCGGUUGGUUGAAUGAAGGAUUAGUAGAUAUAUUUGGAGAUUACGCGAGAGUCUUGUACCAACAUUUUGGCGAUCGUGUUAAACAUUGGUUGACUAUUAAUGAACCGUAUGUUCAUUGUUACCAAGGAUUUGUUACCCUACGUCAUGCUCCUAGAGUAAAUCUUCCAGCGACUGGUUUUUAUGAAUGCGGUAGACAUAUACUAUUGGCUCAUGCGAAGGCCUAUCACAUUUAUCAGGAAGAAUUUAAAUCUCAAGAUGGACAAGUUGGGAUAGUAUUGAGCAUGGACUGGGCGUAUCCGGAAAGCAAUUCAACUGAUGAUACAGAAGCGGUUUUGGACUAUUUCGCUUUCCAUUUGGGAAUAUUUGCGAAUCCGAUAUUAACAAGUGAAGGUAAUUACCCUCAACGUCUCAUCGAUCGUGUUGCUAACAUUAGUAGUAGUCAAGGAUUCCCGAUAUCUAGACUCCGACCAUUGAGUCAGGAACAAAUAGAAUACAUGAGAGGCACAACUGACUUCUUAGCUUUGAACCAUUAUAGUAGCGAUAUUGUGUACAGAAACGCUUCAGUUAUAGGAAUGUAUGAAGCACCUUCUUUCAAUGAUGAUACGGGAUUUGUAACAUACAAAGAUCCAAAUUGGCCUGUAAGCGCCAGUUCCUGGUUACGGGAACACGCGCAAGGAUUUCAUAACCUUUUAGUGUACAUAAAGGAUACGUAUAACAAUCCAACAAUUUAUGUAACAGAGAAUGGCUUUUCGACCACAACCGGUUUGAACGAUAACGGCAGGGUUCAGUAUUUUAGGAAUUAUUUAACCGCUUUAUUGGACGCCGUGGCAAAGGGGGUUGAUGUCCGCGGAUACUGCGCUUGGAGUUUAAUGGAUAAUUUUGAAUGGGCAGUGGGUUAUACGCAAAGGUUCGGGCUUUACGAAAUAGAUAUAAAUGAUCCCGAAAAGGAAAGGAUUCCGAGAAAGUCUGCGCUGGUUUAUAAAGAAAUUAUUAGCAGUAGAUUUAUUGACACGGAUUUCGAUCCUAAUCCUUACGAAGUUAGCGGAGCUGGCGAUCUAAAGUCAUGCCUUUUUAUGAUUAUUGUAGCGUAUUACAGCAGUGACAAUCCAAAAUAA